UUGCCCAGGAUCAAAAUGGAGAUCGAAGCUUUGAAGAACCUGAGACAUCAGCACGUGUGCCAGCUCUACCAUGUGCUAGAGACUGCCAACAAAAUAUUCAUGGUUCUUGAGUACUGCCCCGGGGGAGAGUUGUUUGAUUACAUCAUCUCCCAGGACCGCCUGUCAGAGGCAGAGACCCGGGUGGUCUUCCGUCAGAUAGUAUCUGCGGUGGCCUACGUGCACAGCCAAGGCUACGCCCACAGGGACCUCAAGCCGGAAAAUUUGUUGUUUGAUGAACACCAUAACUUAAAGCUGAUUGACUUUGGUCUCUGUGCAAAACCCAAGGGUGACAAGGGUUACCACCUACAGACAUGCUGUGGGAGCCUCGCUUAUGCAGCGCCCGAGUUACUACAGGGCACAUCGUAUCUUGGGUCAGAGGCAGAUGUUUGGAGCAUGGGCGUCCUCUUCUACGUACUCAUGUGUGGAUUUCUUCCGUUUGAUGAUGACAAUGUCAUGGCUUUGUACAAGAAGGUUUUCCCUGGCCAAUUCUUUGAGAAGUGGAUGGCCUCUUCCUUCUUCCUAGUCUUGCAAACCUUAUCUCAGGUGGACCCAAAGAAGCGGAUUUCUGUAGGGAAUCUCCUGAACCACCCCUGGAUCUUGCAGGAUUACGGCUGCCCUGUGGAGUGGCGGAGCAGGAACCCUCUUAUUCAUCUUGAUGAAGAUUGUGUCACAGAACUUUCUGUACAUCACAGAAACAACAGANNNNAAACAACUUCUCUUUUCCUCCAGUGGCAAUAUGAUCACCUGACAGCUACCUAUCUGCUGCUUCUAGCCAAGAAGGCACGAGGAAGACCUGUUCGUUUAAUGCUGCCUUCUUUUUCCUGUGGACAAGCCGGUGCUAAUCCAUCUGGAGACGUCAAGACUCCUGGAAUGAAUGUGAAACAGGAAGACCCUCUGAACUGGAUCGACCCAGUGGCUGUGACGAUAAGCUCAGCCACGGCUGUGUUUUAUGUACUUUGUUUUCUUUUCCUGUUUACAAAGCAUUGGACAGAAUCAGAUGAUCUGGACUGCAAAACAUUAACUCCAGUAUUGGGCAGAGCAUCUGCAAAUAAAUUAAAGAACAAAGAAAAUGUGCAUACUCCUACGUCUGCUGUCAAGAAGGAAGAAUACUUCAUAUUUCCUGAGCCAAAGACUCCCGUUAAUAAGAACCAGCACAGAAGGGGAAUACUCACCACACCGAAUCGUGACACUACGCCCUCCAAAGGUAGAAGCCAGUGGCUGAGAGAAACCCCAAUUAAAACACCAGUAAAUUCAGCAGGAGCAAGCAAGUUAACGACAGGAGUCAUCAGCCCUGAGAGGCGGUGCCGCUCAGUGGAACUGAAUCUCAACCAAGCACAUGUAGAGGAUACGCCGAGAAGGAAAGGAACCAAAGUGUUUGGAAGCCUUGAAAGAGGGUUGGAUAAAGUUAUCACUGUGCUUACCAGGAGCAAAAAGAAGGGCUCUGGCAAAGAUGGGCCAAGACGACUGAAGCUUCACUAUAACGUGACUACUACGAGAUUAGUGAACCCAGACCAACUCUUGAACGAGAUAAUAUCUGUUCUCCCAAAGAAGCACGUCGAUUUCGUACAAAAAGGGUAA